GGGACCAAGAUUGCGACGAACAACCAGGAAGCGGCUUGGUUGGGAGCUGUCCCGGGUUCUCCGCUCUGCUCUGAGGGAGCUUCCCGGAGUGUUCACACAGAGUUUUCCCGCCCCGCGUGACCCCUGCUCCGACCUAGGCUCCGGCCCGGGCCGGCCACUCCGGAGCUGCCAUGUCGUCCGACUUCGAAGGCUACGAGCAGGACUUCGCGGUGCUCACUGCAGAGAUCACCAACAGGAUUGCGAGGGUCCCCCGACUCCCGCCCGAUGAGAAGAAGCAGAUGGUUGCAAAUGUGGAGAAGCAGCUCGAAGAAGCAAAAGAACUGUUGGAACAGAUGGAUUUGGAAGUCCGAGAGAUACCGCCCCAAAGUCGAGGAAUGUACAGCAACAGGAUGAGAAGCUACAAGCAAGAAAUGGGAAAACUUGAGACAGAUUUUAAAAGGUCACGGAUCGCCUACAGUGACGAAGUACGGAAUGAGCUCCUAGGGGAUGAUGGGAAUUCCUCAGAGAACCAGUUGAUAAAAUUACGUGAAGAGAGGGCACAUCUGCUCGAUAACACAGAGAGGCUGGAAAGGUCAUCUCGGAGACUAGAGGCUGGAUACCAAAUAGCAGUGGAAACCGAGCAAAUUGGCCAGGAGAUGUUGGAAAACCUCAGUCAUGACAGAGAAAAGAUACAGAGAGCACGUGAAAGACUUCGGGAAACAGAUGCUAACUUGGGGAAAAGCUCCAGGGUUCUGACAGGGAUGUUAAGAAGGUAAGAACCAGAAUCAUCCAGAACCGCAUCCUGAUCGUCAUCCUGGCUGUCGUCCUGGUCAUCACCAUCCUGAUGGCGAUCACUUUCUCGGUCAGGAGACACUGAUGUAUCUGCUCUUCCCUGAUAAACAGCAAGAACGGCUCGUUCUGAGUAAUUAAGACAAAAUGGUCACAUGAAUCAUUCUUUUGCACUGACAGGCCCUGAAUGACCCCCGUGUGCACUCACCGCUGUUCAGCUGAAGGGCAAAGAGUGUAAAAAUAUUUUCUAUUCCUGUUUGCAUGUGGGUUGGUUUCCUUUUCUAGAUUUGUCUUCACCCAGAUUUUUUUUUUUAUAGGGAAAGGCAAAUGUUUAUUUGCCUUUUGGUAAUUUCAUCUACUGACCAAAAUAGCCUUGGAGACAUUCUUGCUUGCCCUGUGGACCUGUCAGGGGUCAUGGUUUGGGAGAGGCCAUGAUCUGUCAGUCAAGGGAGCUUCUGAUGGGCUGUGCUGUUUGUCACACACCUCUUGUCACUGAACAGCCCUUCUGUGAUGUGUGAGGAUAAAAAAAAAUGCAGAGAAAAGCAAGGGCCAGAGCAGUGACCAGACCUGUUCCUACCCAGGCGUGAUGACCAUGGUCAACCUGCCUGCGUGCGCUCAUCGUAAAGGUGGAUAUUUAGCAUCGGUUGUGCCGGAAAUUGACUUAGCACUUUCCCUGUCUUUCUAUGCAUAUUUUUUUUAACUCAAAAGUAUUUUUUUGCUGAGCCUACCCAAUAUCCACUUUUCACAACUUUGAUUCCUGGCUACAAGAAAGAUGUCCCAGCCUUCCAAAACCCCCAUACUCCCCAGAAUCUGCUGGCAGAUUGAGCUCCGGCAUGCUAUUUAAUUGUGUGACCUGCUCUCCCCUGAUCUGUGCAAGCAUCUCUGUAUCCUUUCGGUCUUCAUAUUUGCACCGCCCAAAGCAGACCUCAUACAUGCAGAAGGUCUGACAGGGUUCUCUCCACGCCCACUCCAGCAUGUAAAGAGAACAGGAGUAUUUCAGGAAGCACAAGGACAUGACUCCAUCAGUGCAAAAUGUCAAAUGGGAUUAUCGAUACGUUGAGUCUUAUAGGCUGAGCCACCAGAAAUAAACUUGAUGGAAAAGGUCCACUAACCUCCUUUCAAAGAUUAAGGGAUUGCUGCGUGUUACAAAAGGACGGCUUGGGCAUUUGCUGUGCAAAUGUUGGCGCAGCCCUCCUGAAUUCGCCGUGUGUUCAAACUUCUCACGUGCUCUGUGAUUUCCUUUGGUUUCUCUCUGUACGAGGUAACCGGGAAUUGUGUUCAGAAUGAGUCCAUUUAUGAUCAGGCUUCAAGUUUUGCCCAAGUCGAGGUCAUUCUCCCCCUGGUCAUAAAGCAAAAUGUAUUUCUUCUUAAGACUUCAUAGGCACUUCCAGGGUCCUUUCUAUCUUUGGAAUAUAAUUGGAAGCUUUGAAGCCUUGAAAAGCCAACCUGUUCCCUUCAUAAAAAAUGCUAACCACCUGUGCCCAUUGAUGGAGAGCACCUGAAUGCUGCACUGGAUUUUUUUUCCCAACUCAGAAGAGAACCAUUACGAUUUAGAGAGGAAAUUCAGGAUGGCAAAAUCCACCAGAGAAAUUGUGCUCAUCGAAACAGGCUAGGGCCUGCAUGUGUUCAGAUAAAUCAUUUAGGAUUUUGUAAAUAAUGCUGCAGCCUUUACAUCGCAGGGCUGGUGUGGGAUCUGGGCAGAGCCAAGUAGGCCAGCAAGGGAGUGGGGAGGCCGUGCUAAUUUCCCUAUCAGCUUAAGGGAUCGAUCUCAGCAAGAAUCUUUUAUUCUGAUAAUGGAAUUCCGUACGUGCUAAACACAUCGAAGAAACUAUUAAAAGCAAGGAAACAAGUAGUCUCCUCCUCGUUCUGAAACUAACGGUGGGGAAGUGUUCUGCCAGCCUCUCUGGUGGCUUCCUUCGAAACUGUUGAUCUUAGUUCAAGUGCACAAUCGGAGACCCAGCUACACCUCACGCCUCCAGACUCUUCCCAAGGCCACCUGGCGGGCCAGGCUGAUCUGACCAUCUAAACUUGCUGGCUUCUAAAUAUUUCACUAACACCUGGCGUUCAUGUGGAAGUAGAGGAAAUGAGGAGGGAGUACAUCGCUCCCCGCUUAAUGACUGCUUCUACGGGGUUCUAUCUCUUUAUCAGCUCUUGCCUGAGAUUUUGCCCCAAUUCAACCUUGACUGUGGGACGAAUAUGAACAGAUAACCCUUGGCCUAACAGCCUCAUCAGAUCCACCUCGAGAGUGACCCCCUAGACUGGCAGAGUGAGGGUUUUGCAGGAAGUGGGUGUGAAGGCCCCCCGGGUUCCCGCCUGGCUGCCCCGGAUGCUGCCGGACAGACUCGAAGGAGCCCCAAGGGAGGUAAAUUGUUUGCCCUCCUUUCCUGCUCCCCUAGGGAAGGAAGAAAGCCCCCCAAUUCGAAGCAGUUCAUAGAACUGUGAAGGUUCUAGGAACUUACUAUGUAGACUUCAAUUGAUGACUAUCUCUAAAGUCAGGAGCCUUUGUUAAAAAUUCUGUGUGACGGGGAGGGUGAGGGGUGGAAGACAGGACUCGGAGGAGGAAGAGGAAGGUGGAAGCCCUUGCCAUAUAAAAUUCAUGCAGACUAAACAGUUGCCCUGGCAGAAUAAAUAAAGCGGAUGCUGCCCCACUCCAGAAUCAAAAGCAAUUUAAUUAAAGUCUCUUAAGUUGUAAAGAGUUUUAAAUGUUCCACGUUGAAGACGAAUGCCGGCAAAUGCAGCGGGCUUGACGUCAGCUGUCAGGCUGGGGCUGGGAGGCCAUUUGCUAUUCUGUUUAAGGCAGGCUGGAUUGUCUUAUUUUGGAACUAGCUUGGUGGGGGGUUUGCUUUGCUACUGCUUCUGAGCCCUGAGCUUCAAAGGCUGAAAUUAAUGGUGAACAAAAUUGUGCGGCUCUGGCCGUCCCAUGCGGGGCAAGCCCAUUGAGGGUUAUCAUUAAGUAAAGAAAUAAAGAGGGGGAAAAAAGCCUGCCUGUUCCAAAAACCUCAUCAGAUAAUGACCUCAGUGAUUGGAUUUUCAUUACCAAACAGCAUCCAGAGAUUAUCUACUCCAUAGACGAAGGGAGGUGGGGAGAAAAAAAAGAAAGGAAAGCAACUGUCUUUCUCGUCCUCCCCUCUCUCCUCUUUUCUUUUUCUUUCUUUCUUUCUUUCUUUUUUUGCACAUCUUUUCUUUAAAACUGUCAGAUCAUUUCAGUAUUUCAAAUCCGAGGAAAACAGCCUGCCUGCUGCUGUAUUUGAAGUUGUAAUGGUGUCAAAAAGUCACGACUGACUGACAGCCGUCAGUCCCAGAGGGGCUCAUUAAAUCAUAAAAACUUGACAAGGAAAUAAUUGCGCAUCGCCAGCAACUUGGCGCCUGUUUAGACGUUUUUAUUUUCUUUCAUUAUUAGUCCCCACCAUUACGUUCAUUAACAAAUUGCAUUAAACAACUGUUAAGGGCUAA